AUUAUUGUUCAUGUUGUUAAAAUUUAAUUAUUUAUUGUUCAUGUUGAUAACAAUUUAAUUAUUUAUUCUUCAUUGUUUUUAACAUAACUAUUCUGUUUACAACUUUUAUCGUAUUGUAUCAAUAAAGCCUUUCUACGAUUUGGAAAUUUGUUGUUUUUUGAGUAGCGACAAAGUAGCGACUUUUCAAAAUAUCUAUGGCGAAAUCAGCGACUUUUAUUUUAAAAUGUAGCGACAUUCACUUACGAAAAGUUAGAAACACUGGCCUUCCAUGACAAUUACAAAAAGGUUCCUCUAGAGACACUCAGUCGAUGUGUUCCUGGCAAGACUUUGUUCCUGCAGGUGAAAGUUUGUCUAUUUUUCGCCGUCAUUAAAAUUACAGAAUUUACGAAGCUGGCAACACUCAUUUUAAUCAGCUGGUAAACAAAAUAAUUGUGACGGCUGCGUACAUCGAUUUUUUUAAACAAAUAACUUAUUUUAAUUAAUAAACAAACGGAAAAUUUAAAUGUGAUUUCCAUAUGGCUUGUUAGAAGACUAAAGAAGAAAGUUGUCAAAAUGGCAGAUUAUUGGACGAGUCCGAAGAUUGUGUUAAAAAGUGUUGGACCAAAAUUAGUGCCAUUCUUCAAGACUGUUGCUGUGUAUUUUGUAUUAGCCAUUCCUGGUGAUAAUCCAUCCUGGUUUGCUUGUCUUAUCAAAUGCUUACCGGUUGGAUGGUUAUGUAUAUUUGUUAUUCUACAUGGAAUGAGUCUAGAUGAAAAACAUACAUACUCUAGAAGAAUUUUAACUGGAUUAAUAUUUUCUUGUUUUGGAGAUCUCCUUCUAAUUUGGCCAUGCUACUUUAUUUGGGGAAUGUUAUCAUUUGCAAUAGCUCAUGUUUUGUAUAUACUUGCAUUUGGAAUGUCACCUCUGAAUCCAAUUGCUGGAUUAGUAUGUAUUAGUCUGGGCACUACUGCCACUUACAUCAUGUAUCCUGGAAUGAGUGGUAAUUAUAAUUUAUAAUAGUUUUUUAAAUUUCUGUCAUAUUUAAAUUACAGUAGCCUUUCAUUAUAUUGUGGAUUUGGAUAUAUCACACAUUUUUUUGGUCCUUAAAUUUUAAAAGCACUUGAAUCAAUAAAUUUUAAAUUAUCUGUUGCCAUUGAAUUUCUUUAUGCAAUGAAAUAUGGUAUUUUAUUUCUAACAUUGUCUUUGAAACUAACUGAAGAUGAAACAAUAAAUUGAUCAAGAUUAGUGUUGCCAUCUUUUGAAAAUCGCUGACCUGGAUAGCACAUCAGGUUUGUUUGAACAGAAGUUCCUGAUGCAUGUGCAAUGUCAUUUUAGAAUGCGAAGAAUAACGUGCAUGCCGGUUCUAAAUCAGUUACAGUUAGGGACUAGGGACUUGCAUAGGAGUAACGUAAGUAACCUAAAUUAAGAAAGAAUGAGUACAGAUAACUUAGUUCUAUUUGUGACAUGUACUAUCGUAUAAACCAAAAAAAAAAAAGUAAUAAAAAUAAAAAGGUCAACAGGGUUUGUGCGCCACAUGUCGAUGUAAACA